UUCAUUACUAAUGUAUCGUUUCUUUCUGAACUCCGUUUUCCGGUUCCGCAACGAAUGACCACACUAGGGUAUCGAUAUCAACCACAAGUGGGACCGCAAGGUUCGUCGUACUCAGCCAAAAUCGCUGGACGUUUAUCUGCGGCUGUUGGUCAAGCUCUACCGAUUCCUGUACCGUAGGACGCACAAGAAGUUCAACAAGAUCAUUUUGCGUCGUUUGUUCAUGAGCAGAACCAAUCAGCCCCCAAUUUCUCUGUCUCGCGUAGCCAAGUUGCUGAAGUUGCGCGGCAAGGAUGAGAACACGAUUGCCGUCGUCGUUGGAACCGUUACCAACGAUGACCGCAAGUUGUACGUCCCGAAGAUGAACGUGUGCGCCCUGCGCGUCACCGAUUCGGCCCGUGAGCGUAUUCUUAAGUGGGGCGGCAAGAUAUACACCUUCGACCAGCUGGCCCUGAUUGCCCCCACCGGAAAGAACACCGUGUUGAUGCAGGGAGAGCGCACGGCCCGCGAAGCCUUCCGUCACUUCGGACGUGCUCCUGGUGUGCCACACUCGAACACCCGGCCGUACGUCCAGAGCAAGGGACGUAAAUACGAGAAGGCCCGUGGUCGUCGCAGUAGCUGUGGUUUCAAGAACUAAAUUGGACCCAUUUUUUCCCCCAAGCGAAGAGGACGCAGCUAAGGACACAUCCCAUCUAGUUCUUUCUGCAGUGAAAACAAACCUGUACGUUACUUUCUUGGUUUAAUUAAGUGAAAUAUAAGAAAAAAUGAUUCCACGUAAAAACCAAA